GCCUAAGCUGCCUGCUAGAUUGAAGACCGCACAGGCAAUCAGAAUGACAAAGUGUGCCAAAUUUGGCAGUGGUAUCUGUCGAUUGCUUCAAUGUGUGCGUUUAUAUAAUAUGGAUAAAGCUGUGGAUAUAGCUUAGUGUUUGAAAGGAAUAACCAAACAAAAAUAGGUAAUCUGCAGACGCACUGAGCAUUUCAGUUUAGUUAUUAACACUUUCUUUAUUUCUGUUGCUUACAACGCUAAGAUAACAUAGGCCCUACACUAUUAAAUGUAUGCGCAGGUUUGAAUCAUUAGGGUCAGCGCUAAAGGGUGGCGAAGUGGGGCGGGCCCAAAACGUUGCCGUAGUAUAUUUAAAAUAUACCUAAUAAAAGCCUACUAAUAGUUCCUAAUCCAGUCAACACAAUAUUCGGAGUUGUUAGAUAGUCAAAUGGUCUGAAGGUCAGUCUGGCUUCCAUACUGGCUCCCAUUCGAGAUGAAUCUCGGGAAGACCACUAUGACCAGCAAGGCCCCAGUGCGACUAUAACGUGUCUUAAUGUCCUAUCGGCGGAAGAUAUAACGUCAACGGCCCCGCAAAAUUCAAUUUGCCCAAGGCCCCACACCCUCCUAGCGCCGGCCCUGGAAUCAUACUGAUGUGAAUCUAAUUAUUACAUUUUCAAGAUGAGGAAGACUUACGUCCUACAGUUUUUCUCGCGUUGAUAAUAAAAGCUGUAGUUCUCAGCCUUUCGACAAGAGAAACUACUUUGCCAUGUCAUUUUUAUAACUUGAAGUCUGAAAAGAUCAUUGCUGGCUCAAUCUGUUUAAUAUAUUACGUAAUUAUUGAUUCCACGUAGGUCUAUUUAUGUAUUGGCUAACCUAACCUAACUUAUUGACAUACUUUAGGGCCUUGCUUCCCAUCGUGAGGCCUACGCCCCACAGGAGGGCAAUUUGAUUGUUUAGGGGGGCGAUUAGAAAAAUGUGAUUUCUAGAAUUUGAAAACUAACCGUAUACUAUGAUAUAACUUGUAUUUUAAAAGGAGAAUCGUUUAAGUUUCAAUUUAAAAUAAGAGUUCGUUAAAAGUGUUGUAAAAAUCAUUUUUUCUUCAGUGAACAACCCUAUUUUUGAAAAUUAUGUAUAUGAUUCAUGGGGAUUGGGGGGGGGGGCGUAAGAAUUUUAGAAAGGCUUUUGUGGGGCAUGGCACAAAAAAGUUUUGGAAACAAUGCUUUAGGGUAUACUUACAUUUUGUUAAUAUGAAGGCGUGACAAGGAUCGGUCUGAGUCUCUUAGAAACUUUUCACUUAAUUUCUAUUGAACAACAUUAAUAUGUAUCUUAUCUUUAAUAUUGUUUCAACCUGUACCCUGUCCUCCCCAUAUUAUUCUAGAAUAAGUAACUUAGUUUGGCUAAAAAAAUAAAUUCAAUAAAAUAAAGCACAUAUUUACUAUACCGUCUAUACGAUCGCACAUUUUUUGUGUUGUAUUUCCCUGUAAAGGAAUAAUCUUACAUUAUAUUUUGUUUUCUCAAGACUUGUGGUGCCUACGAUCCCAAUGUAGCCUACAGCCCAGGACCAACGCACCCCCCCCCCCCAGGACUUAGCGCAAUCAUCAUUGCAUCUAGUGAAGGCAAGAAUAGUUUAUUUUAAUAAUUAUAUCAUCUUUAUAGUGCUGAAACUCGUCAACGGUUAACUGACGUCAGUCUUCCUGGUCACUGACACGAUGGCGACUACGUCAUCAAUCCAGAACGGUAUCUACCGAAGUGUGCCACCCUGUUCCGCGACGGACACCUUCACAGAUGAUAUGACCACCAACAGACGACAGAAGUCAAGGACUGCCCCUGUCUACUUAACAACUCCAGACGACUUUGCCAUACGAUUCAAAUCACAACCCACAGCCAGACCAAAAAUUGUUGAGCUUGACUGGUCGAGUGUCAACUACGAAAACCAAAGGUCGUCGGUUCAAAGGUUUCCCUUGACGAGAGCCAAAAUGUACACAGGUCUUUCUAAGACGAAAUCGCCAUUAGAUGGGAACCAGGUAAUACAAUGUUUGUAAAUGUUUGUGGUCCAAAUCCCAUCAGCACCAUAUAUCCCCACCAGCUCCAACCCUACGUCCCACAAAUAGGGUGCUAUUGUGGGAUAAAAAUGGUAGCUUGCCAAAACAAAGUUUGAUAAAGUUAAAUUUUCUCGGCCGUUGGCCUUACUGGCUCCUCCUAACCCCCUACCCUCCCUUUUCACGGCGCCUACCCUCUAAGUUAAAAAUAGUCAGCUACGCCAAAAAAAUGGUGCCCAUCAAUAAUUUUAUAAGCUUUAUCACUUUGCUUAACUUAAAGAACAUAAUGAUUUUGAGAGCAACAAACAAAGAACAGGUGUUAAUAUUUUAUAAUAAAUGGGGUUUCAAUAAAUGUUUUAAAAUAAUGAGGUAAUCUUCAGGGGCAUGUACAUAUGUAACGAACAAUUCCAGAAGUUCGACUGGUUCGCGAAAUGACCGGCCAUUUUACACUUUUUGCCGAGAGGCAGCGGCGUAGCGAGGGUGUUUGGCGCCCGGGGACAAGAUUCGCGCCCGGGACAAGAUCCAUUUUAAAGCGCCCCCUUUUCCUUUUUUUAAACUCGCAAACCCAUUAUUUUCAUCAAUGAAAUAAUAUCAAAGCACAUUUUGGCGCCCCUAACUACCAGGCGCCCGGGGACAUCUGUCCCUCCCUGCACCCCCCUCGCCACGCCUCUGCCGAGAGGUGUGGCCAAGGUCCGAUGUACUUUAUUGACCAGUGUAUAUGAUACUUUUUGCGGAUAUUUCGCGAAGUGGCAGGAAACCCCUGCGGCCAAAAUUCUAUUUGCUUAUAAAAGACUAUCUUGAAGUUGUCAUGAAUGUCGUGGGUGCUUUCUGGAAGCUAUGUACAGAACAUGGCGUUAUGUGCUUUUUACAAGCUAGGAUCAGAACAUGGUGUUAUGUGCUUUCUACAAGCUAGGAGCAGAACAUGGUGUUAUGUGCUUUUUACAACCUAGGAGCAGAACAUGGUGGUAUGUGCUUUUUACAAGCUAGGAGCAGAAACAUGGUGCUAUGGGCUUUCUACAAGCUAGGAGCAGAACAUGGUGCUAUGUGCUUUCUACAAGCUAGUAUGGUAUUCUCAAACAACGCCUGUUCCAGAAGUGAGUUUUCCCAUUCUGCGCGUGAAACUGCUCACAACUGAAUACAUGCGUGUCAUGAGCAAAGACGAAGAAAUCACUUGAACCAUUACGAUCCCCUAAGACAGUUUCGCAAACUGAACGUCCGAAUCUUAAAAUAAAGAAAAUAUCGGACUUUGGUCGAUAUUUACAGCGACAUUGGCCAUUUCCCGACAUGAACGGCUAGUUCCUGAAUUGGUCGAUAGGGAACAUAUUUUUGUUUCAAACUUAUUUGAAUGAGACGUGUCUCUUGAUAUAAUUAAUAAUGGAUUUGGACCACACAAAAAAAAAAAAACUUUGUUGGGGGCCACAUUUAAAAAAGGAUAGGGCUCCGACCGACAGAAUAAAGAUACUUUUUUUUUUUCGUUUUUUUAAUAUUCACGUUUAAUGAAUAUUCUAGGUUCUGUCACUCUAUAUAAAACAUAUAAAAUAAAAAAAACAACUAGACUUUAGGUAUAAACUCUUUGUAGUUGUGCUUGGUAAAAUGCAUGAACAUGAAUGAAAAAUAACAAACACAAAACAUGUUUAUACCUUGAGAGCCCAGGCACAGGCCAGCACUGAAUGCAGUGGUCCGCAAUAAGACCCGAACUGGAUACGCUCUAUUUAUUUAGUUUUCAAUGCCUCGAAUCUACCUGAGUUUGUACGGGUGGCACUAACAACAUCGACAUAACAAAGCACACCAGAUCAGGUCGAUAGCCAUUAUAUUGGCAUGACACGCCACAAUUUAGUUAUAGGCUACAAUUUAUAUCUACUGUUUCCCCACGUGCUUGACUUUAAAGUGUAGCAAACACAAAGGUAAACCCAUAGAUUCAAAAUCAAAUUUUAUUUGUUUAAUAACUUUUUAUUUGGGUGUGUGGGCAUUUUUAAAAAAAAAAGAAAGAAAAGAAUGUUCGACCCUCCCCGCCCCCCCCCCCAACAAAAUAAAAAUAAAAAUCAAUCAAUAAAAUGAAAACCUCGCUUCGCUCCUGACAUGACGUACAGAUCAGCUUUCAAACCCAUUCCACCACAAAUAUUUAAACCAAAAUAAUUGAAUAAUAAUAAUAAAAAUAAUAAUAGCCAAUUAUGACGUCGACGUAAAAAAAUGUGUCGCGGGUUUUCUCCGUUAUCAAUUUGGUGGAGCUCAAUGGUUCCAAGAAUGUACACCGGAUCGUCUUGGGGAGGGAUUCGUGGCUUUUCACAGGGGCGCCGCGAAAUCAGUGGCGUUACUUUGGUGGGUUCGGAACGCACCGGGUGACACCCUCUUAUGGUGUGAUACCAUAAGGAAUAUGAAAUUCGACGGGGUUCGCUGUAGUCAGUUUCAUAAAAGAACUGAUUUAAUAUAAUAACAGGGUGUCACCAGAACUCAGGGCACCACCAGACCAGACAAAGUUGACACCAGAAGAGAUUGUCAUCGGAACAGUGCGUCACCAGAGCAGGGUGCCAUAAACUUAUGGUGCCAUAAGAACACGGUUACUUAAGGCCAGGGUGCCACCAGAUCAGAUUCAAGCGGGGCAAGGUAUCACCGGACAAAGCAGAGUAGUUUGCAAAUAGAACAGGCUGCCGCCAGAACAUGUUGUCCCCAGACAGAGAAGGGUGUCCCCAGACAGAGAAGGGUUGUCCCCAGACAGAGAAGGGUGUCACCAGACAGAGAAGGGUGUCACCAGACAGAGAAGGGUGUCACCAGACAGAGAAGGGUGUCACCAGACAGAGAAGGGUGUCACCAGACAGAGAAGGGUGUUACCAGAGCAGGACUGGGAUUUUGUCCCAAUCCUCUCAUUGAGUCUACAAUUAUUCCUCACGAUAUGUGUGUCUGUGGCUUCAUACAAGAGGAGUUAUUUAAAACUGAAACUAUUUUCAAUCUACCAUGAAACAGUCCAUGCAGCUGGGUCUUGCGAUUUUGUCAAUUAAAAGUGAUCUGGUGAGAAAUUUUGAUUCUGAUAAAUUGAUUGACAUGUUAAAAUCUUUUAAUUCCAGGAAAGUAAAAUCUUAAGUUUAACAUUUAAUUUUUGAAUAAACAAAUUUUGCUCCAUUUUUUAAAAAGCUGCUACCUCAAAUUUUAUGCAUCCUUUUUAUGUCUUGUUGCUUUAAUUUACCCACAUUACCUUGAGUAUCAGCGGUCCCAUGUGAUAUAACCAUUCUAGCCGUACAUUGUUUCUUCUCUUUACACAGCCCAACUCUUUGGAAGAUCACAAUUUCCAUAUCAAGAUUUAUCCGGCACGAAUAGCAAAAAAUCCAAGGACUGUCAGCCAGUCACCUCAGACUUAUGUCCAGUUUACGCCUCAGACCCACCGGUCAGACGUUAGGGUACAUGAAAACAAGUCAACAAGAAGCAGGUCACACACAUUUUCAUCUACUCGGAACUGGGCUAAAUCUGCCGGUGGAGUUGAUCAUCGGCGAGGAAGAGCUUUCAGAAACGGUUAGAAUGUAGUUUUCAAAAUGGAUAUCGCAUAGUAGGACCUAUAACAUUAGCUAUGUGUCAUUAGCUUUGUGGGCAAAGGAUGGGGCCGAUAGAAAAUUUAUAAUCUUCCAACUAUGUAUAAACACGUCUCCGAAGUUUGAUUUCAAGAAAGUGAAACAUUACUGAAGUAUUCUUAUAAUUUUCAAGUUAGUGAAACGGUUGCUUUAUUUGUAUAUGUUUAUAUCAGAUCACUAAAAUUAAGCAUAUCUUAACUUAAAGAAUGUAUUUAUAAAUGUAUCAUAAUUUAACGUUUUUAAAAGCUUAGAAUUUGAAGGAAAAAACAACAUAUUUUCUUUGUAGAAUAAGAAUAAAACUAAUAAUAAGAGUGAAUAUCUAUUUAUAUAUAAGUAUGUGUGUGAUUUCAUUUACAUGUCAUUGCCCGUCAAUACAGAUUUAAAUAUGACUUGACCAGUUCAUGCAGUCAAUACAGAUUUAAAUAUGACUUGACCAGUUCAUGCAGUCAAUACAGAUUUAAAUAUGACUUGACCAGUUCAUGCAGUCAAUACAGAUUUAAAUAUGACUUGACCAGUUCAUGCAGUCAAUACAGAUUUAAAUAUGACUUGACCAGUUCAUACCAUGUCCAUAUUGGUGACUUCGAUGUUUGCAUACUAACUUAAAGUCAGAAUGUUAAUUUAUUUAAAAAAAAAAAAAAAAAUUUAAAUUGGGGGAUGGUCAGAAAAAUUGUGACUACUCCGGGCAAAUAUUUAACUCCAAUGCAGUCUCAAUGAAAUUUUAAAUACCCGGUAACCAUUUUUAAUGAAUCCCACUCUACAGACGCCAUCAGAGAAGAUGUGCAAAGAGUGGAUGAUGAUCAUGUCUAUAAUUCAAGCCUCAUCCAUUCAUUGGGCGAAAAAUGGGACGACCUCGGUUCACUACCACCACCAAAGAAGGUCGUGCCAAAAAGGUAAUUGAAAAAUAUCCAAAUGUUAAAACACAAUUACAAAAUUAUAUCGCAGAAAUAAUGCUUGGUUGUAUCGUAACGAUUAUCAUGAGAUCAAACUGAUAGUUACGGACACUUGAUGUUUAGAACAUUUGUUACGAGCUGCUGCCUUUUCUCAAAUCAUUAACAAUAAUCAGACAAACCACAAAAUCAUUUGGUUGUCCAUUUGAUUUCUGCCACAAGCGGGCCAUGCUGUGCUACAUCCAAUGUGUAUUGACAUCACAUGAUGCAAAGUUCAACCUUGUGAGAAUCAUUGGCUUGCGUGCAAUCAGAAGCAUAGGCAGUAAUAGUAAGAGGGGCAGUGCCUCACAAGUAAUCAUUAGUGGAAGCAGUUUUUAAUAUUAAAAGUUAAUUUUUAUUAAUACUAAUUUUUAUUUGGACUUCAUAAAUAUUUUUAUCGUAAAAUAAUAAACCGUUUGCUUUAAGUUUAAAUAUCAUUACGCAUUAAAAUUGUAUGUACUGUUUCAUCCAACAGAGAUCUGCCUUGGGUGUUCAGGUACAAAGUGAAUAAGGGCAACAGUAUACUCUCACAAAUCAUGGCCAGUAAACCAACACAAAGUAAUCUACCUAAGGUAAUUCCAUCAAGAUUCUCUGGAUGGGAAAAACGUACGAUGGUCAAGAGAAACUCUUUACUUUCGAGAGAUGUCUGAUGGACAAGAGAGGAUAUUUACUUUCGAGGGAUAUGUGGUGUUUCCUGGGUGUGAUUGAAAUUAGUGUCAUAUCAACUGACAACAUUCAAAGAUCUGGAAAUUUGAUUAUCAAAUUACUGAAUUAUUCAUUCUAACACUAACAUAAAUGAAAAGACCAAAAGCCUUAUCAUUAAAUUAGUUUUCACAACUGUCCAUUUAUAAUUUGGUUGAUUUUGUAUCGAAACUCAGUGUUAGUUUACACCGCAACCUGCAAAAGUGGCUGAUGUUAAUUGUUUCUAUAACAUUCCGCAAUGUAAAGCUUGGUCAUAAAGUCCUCAUUUUCAUUUGCAAUAAGAUAAAUUUCACAUUUGAGUUAACAAUUUAAAAUAUUUACUUAAAAAAUAAAUCUGUUGGAUUUCCUA